AACCAAAUCCACAAGCUUGUUUCCCCUCAUUGUCCUGAUAUUAGAAGAGGGGGGGUGGGGGUCACACACACACCAAACAACCAGAUCACGUCGUUUCAUUACAAUAAUUAAUCUUUUCCCUCUUUCUCAUCAUUCCCACUAUUCUUCACAUUCACUUCUCUUCUCUUCUCAUUCACUUCUCUUCUCUUCUCGUGAACAAACAUAUAGCAAACACACACACACACACAAAAACACAGUUCCAUCCAUUGGACUGCCUCAAUUCUUUUAAUUCCCCCCAAAAAAUGAGCCAGUGUGUUCCUAGUUGGGAUGUCGAAGACAACCCACCACCCUCAAGAGUUUCUCUUCGCUCCAACUCCAAUUCAACUGCCCCUGAUGUUCCCAUGUUGGACUACGAGGUUGCUGAGCUGACAUGGGAAAAUGGGCAACUUUCUAUGCAUGGCUUAGGGCUACCGCGUGUGCCGGUAAAACCACCAACAGCCGCCACGAAUAAGUACACAUGGGAGAAGCCUCGGGGAAGUGGCACCUUGGAGUCCAUAGUGAACCAAGCCACGAGCUUUUCCCACCAGGAAAAGCCCAGACCGUUAAACGGAGACAGUGGUGGUGGUGGUGGAGUUUAUGGGAACUUCAUGGUCCCAUGGUUCGACCCUCAUGCUGCCGCCACCACUACGACCACCACCACGAACACCAUGACGAUGGACGCGUUGGUGCCAUGCUCGAACCGGGAGCAGGGCAAGAAGAAGGGUAUGGAGCCGGGGCCCGGCACGUGCAUGGUGGGGUGCUCCACCCGUGUGGGGUCAUGCUGCGGGGGGAAGGGGGCGAAGGGGCAUGAGGCGAGUGGGAGGGAUCAAAGCGUGAGUGGGAGUGCCACGUUCGGAAGGGAUAGCAAGCACGUGACCCUUGACACAUGCGACAGGGAGUUCGGCGUGGCUUUCACUUCCACCUCCAUCAACUCGCUCGAAAACACCAGCUACGCUAAGCACUGCACCAAGACCACCACCAUAGAAGAACAUGAUUCUGUUUCCCACAGUAAACCAAUGGGGGAAGACGGGGAUGAAGAGAAGAAAAAGAGAGCAAACGGCAAAUCGUCGGUGUCCACUAAAAGGAGCAGAGCUGCGGCUAUACACAACCAAUCUGAAAGGAAAAGGAGGGAUAAGAUAAACCAAAGAAUGAAGACAUUGCAAAAGUUGGUCCCAAAUUCCAGCAAGACUGAUAAAGCUUCAAUGUUGGAUGAGGUGAUAGAAUAUUUGAAGCAGUUGCAAGCACAAGUGCAGAUGAUGAAUAGGAUCAACAUGUCAUCGAUGAUGCUGCCAUUGACCAUGCAACAACAACUUCAAAUGUCGAUGAUGUCUCCAAUGGGCAUGGGAUUAGGGAUGGGAAUGGGGAUGGGGAUGGGAAUGGGAAUGGAUAUGAACUCCAUGAACCGUGCUAACAUCCCUGGCAUCCCUCCAGUCCUCCACCCUUCUGCCUUCAUGCCCAUGGCAGCCUCGUGGGAUGCCGCUGUUGCUGCCGCUGCUGGUGGAGGCGACCGCCUUCAAGGGACUCCGGCUUCCGUGAUGCCUGACCCUUUGUCCACAAUUUUUGGAUGCCAAUCGCAGCCCAUGACCAUGGAUGCCUACAGUAGACUUGCUGCAAUGUAUCAGCAGCUGCACCAACCUCCUACUUCUGGUUCCAAGAACUGAGCUAGCUAGUUCUGUUAUGAGAGUGUUGAGCUACAAUUACAAGAAUGUCCAUACUAAUUCUUUGUGAGAAAUGUGUAUAUUAGCUCCAAAGCAAGUGACGAGAAACAAUUAAUAGCAGAAUAUUUAUACUCCUUUCUUAUUGGGGUUAAUUAGUAACUUGUUAUGAUUUAGGUGGCUUUCUUGGUUUACUUUACCUAAUUACCUUCAUAUCUAUGUUCAUAGGAAUUUGCAACUUGUAUAACGUGUUUUGCUAUUCUAUUGAAUAACGGGUUUGGCCUCAUUCAAAUCUUA